CCUCCGCACACAAGAAACGAGCGUCAAGAUCCAUCGCGGCCUCCUCGCGAGACACUCGCGUCGAUCCCUCGAUCAAGAUGACAUUACACUGGACGGCGUCCAGGCGGAAGAACUGAUCGUACUGCUUGAACAUCUAUAUCAUGAUGUACCCUUGACGCGAGACUCACCGUUCCCUCGCGUUGCAGCGAUGCUGAGGGUGACGAGCCCCUCCGGCCUCGACCUGCCCAAGCUGCAUGAAUUCGCGUCCAACGUGUUCUCGGAUAUGUUUGCUAGCGGACCGCAACCAUUCACGCAUCCGGAAGAUCACCUGGUAGAUGCGUUGGCGUUGGCGCGCGAGCUCGAGCUGGAAGACUCUACACGCAAAGGCCUCCUCUAUAGCCUGCUGCACUCCGAUCACUUCCACACGACGGGGGACGCGUCUAUCGCAUCCGCCGACAAGGCCGUCCUCGACCGCCUCCUCGCGUCCAUGGUCGAUCACUUUACCCCCAUGUUAUUCACUCCCGCCGCCACACCUCACCGCGCCUGCACCGACGUGCUGGCCGAUACGUGGAUGGACCUUGUGAUAUCGCCUGCACUGAUGGAUGGCGGCGUGGGCCGGCCCCUAGAGACGCUGGAGCGCAUGAAGAACAUACCGUGGGCGGAGAAGGGCCUAUGCGCGGAGUGCGUGCAGGAGAAGGCGCAGGAAUGGACAGAGGAGCAGGAGAAUGUGUGGAAAAUGAUGGACGGGUGGUUAGACUUGAAGAAGAAGGUUGAAUGAUGCGGCUGGACGCGAACAUGCAAUGUCGCCCCCAAUGUAUUUCUAUUGAUCCGUAGACGUGUAUUACAGGACAGCAAGGCCGUUCAAGCU